GCACAAUACAUACGAAGAAAAACUAUUGUCGCGAAUAGUGUGCUGUGCUUUUAUUAGUUAAUAAAUAAAGAAUAUAAGUUGUGCACAAUAAAACUAAACAGUUUCCUCAGUGCAGGUGUUUCGUUUGUUGUUCCACAGGUCGCGGUUACCCUCGUACCUGCCGCUGCCGCCGUUAUCGUCGCGUAAUUGUAUACGCCCGCACUCCCUCGUCGCGUACGCUCACUCCCACCAAGCAACAACUCUGAAAUCGUGGACGCCGCCGCAGCCGAUCCCGUCGCCGUCAUGCCCGGAGCCGGCACGUUCAAGUUGUUCAUCGGUAAUCUCGAUGAAAAAACGCAAGCGACCGAGCUUCGCCCGCUCUUCGAGAAAUACGGUACUGUCGUCGAAUGCGAUGUGGUGAAAAAUUAUGGCUUUGUUCAUAUGGAAACUGAACAGCAGGGUCGCGAAGCCAUACAAAACUUGAACGGUUAUGUUUUGAAUGAUAACGCCAUCAAAGUGGAAGCCGCCAAAAGUCGACGCGCGCCCAAUACACCCACAACGAAAAUCUUCGUUGGAAAUCUAACCGAUAAAACGCGAGCGCCCGAGGUGCGCGAAUUGUUUCAGAAAUACGGCACCGUCGUUGAGUGCGACAUUGUGCGCAACUAUGGCUUUGUGCAUCUGGACUGUGUAGGUGAUGUGCAGGAUGCCAUUAAGGAACUGAACGGUCGCGUUGUCGAUGGUCAACCUUUGAAGGUGCAGGUGUCGACAAGUCGAGUGCGCCCAAAGCCGGGCAUGGGCGAUCCGGAGCAGUGUUAUCGUUGCGGCCGUUCCGGUCAUUGGUCGAAGGAGUGUCCGCGCCUAUACGGCAGCGGUGCGGGUGGACGCGAUCCACCACCUCCGCUGAGCGCUGGCGGCUACAGAGAUCGCAUGUACGGUCGUGAUCCGUAUCCGCCUCCACCGCCGCCGCCGCCAUUCCUGCGUGAUCGCAUCAUGGAUGGCUUUAGGGUAAAUGCUGAUAUAUAUGAUUAUGACUACUAUGACCGUCGUUUUGAAGAUUCGCGCGAUCUGUACGAACGUCGUUAUCAAAGCUCACGUAUGCGAGACUUUCCACCUCCACCAAUUUCCCGACGAGAGCCCAUGCCGUUACCGCCUCCGCUAAGCGGCAGCUUGCGGUCGUGCAGCGUGUCUCGAGGCUAUGAUACAAUGUUUAGUCGCCGCUCACCGCCGCCCCCACGAAGCAGCAAUGGCAUGAGCCGCUAUGGUUCUCCAACGCCUCAUAGCUACGAGGACUUUAGCCGCGAUUCGUUCGAUGAACGGAUGAUUUCAUCGCGUGGCAUGCGCGGUCCCUCACCUCCGGGUCGUCGUUAUGCGCCCUACUGAGAUGAGUUUUCCUACUACGGCAGCAGCUGAGUAACAGCCGCAGCAGAUUUGGGCGCUUUUGAUACAAUUGCGCAUCCCUGCCUACCGCUAUAUUAUUGUAACAAUCCUUUAACCGGUGCGACGUACUUCAUCAUUUGCUGGUCGUGGUCGCCAACGCACUACCAACAACACCGGCAGCUGCCGCCAUUUUCACAAAUGUGGCCACCAUUUGGUAAUCCACAUUCACACAACCACAUCUAAAUCUAAAUUAAACAAAUGAAAGCAUUAUUCAUAGCAUGUUAGGUAUUCAUACUAUCUACAUACAUAUAUAUAUAUAUAUACGAGUAUCGGCAAACUUUGUUUGACUGAAGAUCUUAUGGCAUAUGGAUUGUACUAAGCAAUGGACUUCAUACACAUCCCUUUUUAAAAACGUAUGCCUGACUUGACCACAUUGUGUUGGGAGUACUGACGCUACGCAAUUUUAGUCUUGCUUUAAAACAUCGGACAGACCAUUCGCUGUAUAGGUUCGACUUUAAGCGCAUAUACAAAAAGUGUUACAAUGUGUGUAAUUCAACUUGUCAAUAAAAAAAAAAACUGGAUAAACA